UGUGGUUCAUAGUCACAGAUAUAUGCAAUAAUUUACAUUUUCUUCCUUUGUCUUUUCUCUGGCAUCCACACGCAAACACACACAUAUACAAGUAUAUAAACUUCAACAUUUCAUGGUGUCUAUGACCCAUCGAGAGGUUUUCUUGGAUACAAUAUUCAAUGCAAAUAGCAACCAUGUCAUAUAUCUGUGAUUUGGAGAUCCACAUUAAUGGUGAAGAAACAUUCUUCCUCAAUGAGAAAGUUUUAACAGCAUAUUCAGAGAGGCUGAAGAAGAUAAUCAAGCAAGAAAAGAGGAGGACCCAGAUGAGGAAUUCUUGCAUAGAAAUCCAUGAUUUCCCUGGAGGAGCAUGUGGGUUUGAGCUGAUUUCAAGGUUUUGUUACAACAAUGGUGGAAUCACAACCACAGUGUCUAAUGUGUCCCUACUGUAUUGCUCUGCUGUUUUCCUUGGUAUGACUGAGAAAGUUUCGACCCAGAAUCUCUUGAAACAAACAGAAAGUUUUCUUGAGGGAUUGUUUUAUUGGUCAUGGAAAGACAUAAUUGUGUGCCUCAAGAGCUGUGAAUCAUUAUUCUCAUAUGCAGAUUCAUUCGGUCUAUUGGAAAAGCUAAUUUGUGCACUUUUGGCAAAGAUUGCUCAGAAUUCAGAUUUAGGACUAAUUGCUGCUAGUUCUUCCUCGUCUUCAUCUUCUCCAGAUACUCCAUCUGGGUUUAGAUUAUUCUCUCCCUCAUCCAAAACCACCUCUGAAUCAACCAAGCUAAGUUCAUCAAGCAAAGCAUGGUGGUUUGAUGAUUUGGCCAGUUUACCACCACAGAUUAUUGAAAAAAUCAUCCAGAGUUUGGGGGCUUUUGGUACUGAUAACAACAGUCUUAUCCUUACAAGAUUUCUACUUCAUUACCUGAAACUAGCAAUCCAUAGGAGAGUUCAUAGCCGCACACAACCAGGUGUUUUCAGUUCAAAAUGUGCAUUUCUUGGUCUUGCAGAGACUGCUGUUAAUGGGGUAAUUUCAGCUGGGAAAAGGGCAUUUUCUUGCAGAGCUCUGUUUUGGGUGUUGAGAAUUCUGUCUGGUUUUGGAUUGAGCAAAGAGGGUAGGCUUGGUUUGGAGAGAUUGAUUGGUGAAUUGCUUGAUGAGGCUACAUUGGAUGAUUUAAUGGUUUCUGGGCAUGAUAGAGGUGUUUAUGAUGUAAAUCUUGUUAUAAGAUUGAUCAAAGUGUUUGUUAACAAUGAUGGAGUUUCUGUACAGAAGUUGAAGAAAGUUGGUAAAUUGGUUGAUAAAUAUUUGGGUGAAAUAUCUCCUGAUCAGAACCUUAAGACCACAAAAUUUCUUGGAGUUGCAGAAAGUUUACCAGAUUCUGCCAGAAACUCUUAUGAUGGGGUUUACAGAGCCAUUGAUAUCUACCUUGAGGCUCACCCGGCACUUCCAUUCGAUGAAAGGUCGAAACUUUGCAGAUGCCUAAACUAUAAAAAGCUCAGCCUUGAAGUUUGUAAGGAGUUGGCAAAAAAUCCAAAAAUCCCACCUAGGGUUGCAAUUCAAGCCCUUAUAUCCCAACAAUCCAAAGUGCCCAAAAAUGAACUUGAUCACUGCAGGAGUCUAAGUAAUGCAAGUGAUUCCCAAAUGGGUUCUAAUAGUGGUAGUGAUAAGGAAAGCUUUGCAGAGGAAAAUGGAGAUGUGAAGAUAAAUUUACAAAGAAUGCAAAGAAGGGUUGUGGAAUUGGAGAGUGUUUGUAAAGAAAUGAAGGGUCAGAUGUCAAAAUUGGUUAGGCACACUGUGUUGACACCUACUCAGGCUAGAGCUUUGCCUAAAUUAUGUUGAUAAUCUUUUUCCUCCUCAAUCUUCAUAGUGAUAUAUAUAUGUAUAUAUAUAUAUAUCAGUUUGUGAAAGAUUAGUGUGAGAUUUUUCUUCUUUGUGAUAAAUUGUGAAUUGGGGAGUUUUUCUUUAGCUAUGGCAUAUUUUUGUCCA